UUCCAAAUAAAAGUUAUGAUAAUAUUUUUUUAAUUUGUGGUUCGUAAAUAAUGAAGUGAAAAUCAAAAUAUAUUAUUUAAGUGUAACGACAGACUUAUAAUAUUUGAUCAUAUAUGAAAUAAACCAAUUAUAAUGACUACCUUACGCGAACGACAAUUGAAUGCUUUAAAGCAAAUGUUGAAUCUGAAUCAACCUCUAACUAAAGCAGUUGCUAAUGAGCCUACAUGGAAGGUACUUGUGUAUGACAGGGUGGGACAGGAUAUUAUUUCCCCUUUGAUAUCUAUUAAAGAACUGAGAGAAUUAGGAGUUACACUCCAUGUCGAGUUGCACUCUGAAAGAGACCAAAUUCCUGAAGUGCCAGUUGUAUAUUUUUGUGCACCCACUGAAGAGAAUCUGGGUCGGAUUUGCCAAGAUUUAGAUAAUGGUAUCUAUGACCAGUAUCACUUAAACUUUAUUUCACCAAUAACAAGACAGAAAUUGGAAGAUCUAGCAGCAUCUGCCAUACAGUGUAAUUCAGUUAUGAGUAUACAUAAACUGUUUGAUCAGUAUUUGAAUUUUAUCUGUCUAGAAGAUGAUCUAUUUAUUAUGAAACACCAGAAAUCUGAUUCAUUAUCUUAUUAUGCUAUUAAUAAAGGUGAUACAGAAGAUACAGAAAUGGAAGCUAUCAUGGAUGAUAUAGUAGAAAGUUUAUUUUCUGUUUUCGUAACUCUCGGUACUGUACCAAUAAUUCGUAGCACUAAAGGAAAUGCUGCCGAAAUGGUUGCAAAAAAACUGGACAAAAAGCUUAGGGAAAAUCUUUGGGAUGCUAGAAAUAAUCUUUUUCAUGGAAAUGCCGGACAAGGAAGCUCUUUUAGUUUCACUAGGCCCAUGUUAAUACUGUUGGAUAGGAAUAUUGAUAUGGCAACACCCCUACAUCACACUUGGACUUACCAGGCCCUGGCUCAUGAUGUACUUGAUCUUUCACUAAACAGAGCUGUAGUACCAGAAAGCUCUGGUCCAGCUUUACCUGGACAAAAGGUGAAAACCAGAACAUGUGAUUUGGACUCCAAAGAUCCUCUAUGGUGUGAACAUAAGGGCAGUCCAUUCCCAACAGUCGCUGAAGCGAUUCAGGAGGAUCUUGAUAAAUAUAGGAAUUCAGAAGCAGAAGUGAAAAAGCUGAAAAGCUCUAUGGGUUUAGAUGCAGAUAGCGAUUUAGCUCUUAGUCUGGUCAGCGAUAACACCCAGAGGUUGACAAGCGCUGUCAACUCGUUGCCACAGCUUAUGGAGAAGAAACGGCUAAUCGAUAUGCACACUACUAUAGCUACAGCUAUACUUAAUGUAAUAAAAUCCAGACGCCUGGAUUCAUUUUUUGAAUUGGAAGAGAAAAUAAUGAGUAAAAGCAGCGCAGUGGAGAGCAAAACUGUACUAGAUCUCAUCUCUGAUGAGGAAGCUGGCACUCCAGAAGAUAAAAUGCGUCUUUUUAUCAUAUAUUAUCUGUGUACUUCGCAAUUAAAUGAUGAAGAAUAUAAAAAAUUCGAGGCCGCUCUCCAAACGGCCAAUUGUGACGUCCAAGCUAUGGCCUAUAUGAAGCGAUUGAAGAGCUUUACAAAGAUGUCGAGCCAAUAUGAAGGCGGUGGAACAAAAACAGUGUCGAUGUUUUCAAAACUUGUGUCACAAGGCUCUUCAUUUGUCAUGGAAGGGGUCAAAAACUUAGUUGUCAAGAAACAUAAACUGCCGGUAAGUCGCACAGUGGAGUCCGCGUUGAUCGGAUCGGGAGACGAUUUGACCUGGUUCGACCCUCGCACGGCGCGAACGGACGCCGCAGCCCGAGCCAGGGCGACGAGACAGCCGCCGCCGAACGACGCGGUUGUAUUCAUCGUGGGCGGUGGCAGUUACAUCGAGUAUCAUAAUCUUAUCGAUUUUGCUAAGCAACAAGCGGCAAAUGGAGUGAAUAGAAAGAUAAUUUAUGGAUCAACUACACUUCCAAACGCAUCGCAAUUUCUCAAGCAACUCUCGCAUUUGGGUCAAGAACUACAGUGAACAUUCCUUUAAUAAUAAAAUUUGUUAUAAAUUCAUUACCGUGAGUUCAACAGAACUAUGAUAUUGAGAUAUAAGAAGCCAGUUGCGCUACAACUUCCUUGGCCUCAGAUUGUAUGCGUUCCUUUGAUCAUUUUAUUUAUAAUACAAGUUUUUUUUUAAAAUUGAAUACUAGUGAAUUUAUUCUACUAAUCCAAAAUAUUAUUUUGUCGUGUAAAAACCCUAAUAAAAAUAUUGGUUAAAUCAAAACUUGUAAACUAGCAAUUACAUGAACCAAAUUUCAAAUAAGGUUCAUUUCAAUAUUGUAUUUAGUUAAAUGUGUACAUAAAAUAUAUAUGCUGUGGAUAAAUAAAAAACUAUUCAACAA